GCGCUCUGCUCCUGCAGCCGCGACUCUGCAGUCGCGCCUGCUCCUACUCCUGCUCCUGCUCUCGACAGUUCUCACCCACCGUACUGUUUGAGCAUCUUGCCGCCAUGUCUGGCUUCGAAGUGGCCGGAAUUGUGCUCGGGGUGUUUCCCUUGAUCAUUUCGGGCAUCGAGAAGUACAGCGAGCUGAGCAAGCGCCUAGGUCUGUGGCACCAGAUCCGGCUCGAACACUUCAAAUGUCUCAGGGACCUGCGAUUUCACCGCACGGUCCUGACCAGUCACCUCCGGCAGCUUCUGCUCCCGCUGGUGGUUGACGAUGCCCGCGUCAAGCAGCUGCUCGCAGACCCCGGCGGCGCCGGCUGGAAGGACGCCUCGCUAGACAAGGCCCUGAGAGAACGACUGGGCGAGAGCUACGAACUCUACUUUGAGUACAUCAGCGGAGUGCUCGGCGUGCUGGAAGACCUGAAAGAGGAACUGGCGCUGGAUUCGGAGGUGGUUCAAGACAAACUCAGCUCUCCGAAGGCUGCCAUGAGCGCGACACGUCUGAAGAAUGCAGUCACCAAGGAUGGCCGGGAGUUCCAGCUGUACAGGGCCAAGUUCAGCAACCGGGAAGCUGCCCGCAAGGAACUGUUCGCGCAGCUGCAGAGCUACAACGACCGGCUGGAGAAACUCCUAAGCACGAGCGACAGAGACGCCCAGCUGAAACAACAGGCGGCCGCCCUCCGGCAGGGCACCAAAGUCGACCCGGCUUUGUGCAACUUCUGGAAGCUGUCGGCCAAGCUCUUCAGGGCGCUCGCCUCGACAUGGGGCUGCGGAUGCCGCGAGCAGCACUUGGCCCGGCUGCUUCUCCAGCACCGAACCGCUAAGAAGGCCGAGUUCCACGUCGCGUUUGCCACACCGGUGGCCUCUCAAUGGCAGAUACACUGGACGAGAAUCACGGAGCAGCUGGACGACGGCGGCAAUGGGACGGCGGCGCCGACUAGCAGCGUGGCCUCCUCGGUACCGGCACCUGCUCACAUGCCAAAUCACCGACAGGGCCGUCCGGCCAAGUCGAGCAUGCGGUCGAGAAACCAAGCAACUUGCACCGAGCUGCAGCAAAGCACCCGGUCAACGCUGACGAUCACGCUGACACCUCCUCCAGCCCUGCUCCAUCGUAUCUCCAUCCUCUGUGUCUCGCUUGGUCAGACACAAAACGGCUGCUGCGGCUACCUGGGAGGGGACGGAGAGGACGACUCCCGGUUCUACGUGCAUAGCGUGUCUCGCCGGACGGGCGACGCCCUCCCGUCCGUCACGCUGGACCAGAUCAUCCGCGGAGAGGCCAGCCAGCGGCCAACGCGGCGCCAACGCUACACGCUGGCGCUCAUCCUGGCAUCGUCCUUCCUGCAACUCACCGACACACAGUGGCUACCCGCCGCCUCCUGGCGGAAAGCAGACAUUGUGUUCUACAGCAACGGGGACACCGGGGACGACGUCAGCGGCAACACGCGGCACGCUAUCCGGCUGGAUAGGCCCCACCUGAGCCGGAGCAUCGGCAGCGACCCGGAGGACGACGACAACACAACGAGCAGCAGCGCGGCAGCGGUCGGCGCGAUUGCGCAGUCGCUAAACCAGCUGGGCAUCGUGCUCCUCGAGCUCUGCUUCGGGAAGCCGCUCGAGGAGCAGGCGUGCCGGCGGGAGUGGCCGGCGGGCGGCAGCGAGGCCGAGAGACGGGGCUUCGACCUGCUGGCGGCGCGGCGGUGGCAGUACGAGGUGGACGAGGAAGCGGGGGCCGACUUCUCGGACGCGGUCGGCUGGUGUCUCGGUAGCCAGUACCGGGCGGACCGGUGGAGGCAAGAGAUGCUCCGCCAGGUGGUCCAGCCGCUGCAGAGAUGUCAUGAUUACCUGAUGGGCGGCGGCGGGCGGCCAUCGUAGCAUCGUAGUCGACCUCGGCUUGCUGUGACGCUCGAAAAUAAACAUACCUAUCCAUCCGAGCCGCCCACCACAUCGUCGGAUUCGUCGGAUCCCUCGGCGCAUUUUACUUUCCAGCUGAGCCUGAGCAUAUACACCUAGGCGCACAUCGUGAGUGGAUGGAUUGCUUUCUAGAACCUGAAAACACAGCCUUCCCGCCUCGGCG